AUGUUGAUGCCAAAAAAGAACCGUGUUCUCAUCUACGAACAUUUGUUCAAAGAAGGAGUUCUGGUGGCCAAGAAAGAUUUUCACGCUCCGAAGCACACAGAGAUCGACGUACCCAACCUCCAUGUCAUCAAGGCCUUGCAGACGUUGGUUUCUAAAGGUUUUGUAACUGAGCAGUUCUGCUGGCGCCAUUAUUAUUGGUAUUUGAAGAAUGAAGGAAUUACAUAUCUCCGUGAUUUCUUGCACCUUCCUCCAGAGAUUGUGCCAUCUACAUUGAAGAGGCAAGCUCAGCCAGCCAGACCUGAGGCUGCAAGGCGACCACGAGGACCAGAAUCAGGUGGCCGACCACAAGUUGGGGAAGAUAGGGCUGCCUACAGAAGGGGACCCGGAGGUUCAGAUAAGAAAGGGGAGGCUGGUGCAGGAGCCAAUGCAUCCUUCCAAUUUAGAGGUGGAUUCGGUCGCGGU